AUGGUGACUGCCAAGGUGUGGGUUCUGAAGAAGCAUUUUCAAGGUUUCCCCAAACUCAGCGACUUUGACCUGAAACAGAUAGAGCUGCCAAACCUAAAGGAUGGAGAGCUGCUGCUUGAAUCAGUGUUUCUCAGUGUUGAUCCUUACAUGAGACCUUACAGUCAAAGGGACAUGAAGGAAGGGGACAUAAUGAUAGGCACACAGGUGGCCAGGAUCGUAGAAAGCAAGAAUCCCGCUUUCAAAGUGGGGGCCUUUGUUGUGGGUAGAAGUGGCUGGAGAACUCACUUCAUCUCUGAUGGGAAAGACCUACAAUUCCUUCCUUCAAGCUGGCCAGAAUCACUCCCCAGAUCUCUGGCUCUUGGGACUGUUGGCAUGCCAGGCCUUACUGCAUAUUUUGGUCUGCUGGAUGUCUGCAAGAUGAAGCCAGGAGAGACAGUGCUGGUUAAUGCUGCAGCUGGUGCUGUUGGCAGUGUGGUGGGACAGCUCGCCAAAAUUGGGGGUUGCAAAGUGGUUGGCUGUGCUGGCUCAGAUGACAAGGUUGCCUAUCUGAAAAAAAUAGGCUUUGAUGAAGCCUUUAAUUACAAGACUGUUACCUCUCUGGAUGAAGCACUGCGUAAAGCCUCUCCUGAUGGCUAUGACUGUUUCUUUGACAAUGUGGGUGGAGAAUUUACCAGCAUUGCUAUCAAUCAGAUGAAGAAAUACGGCAGGAUUGCAGUCUGUGGAGCCAUCUCUCAGUACAAUGACUCUGUGCCUCAGAAAGGGCCUUACAUUCAGAUCCCACUGAUCUUUAAAGAGCUUCGAGUUGAAGGGUUUAUUGUGAGCCGCUGGAGUAACCGCUGGGAGGAAGGGAUGAAGGCAUUGCUAAAAUGGGUCGUGGAGGGAAAGGUGAAGUACCAUGAGCAAGUCACUGAAGGAUUUGAGAACAUGCCAGCAGCUUUCAUUGGAAUGUUAAAAGGAGAAAAUCUUGGAAAAGCUAUUGUAAAAGUCUGAAGGUUUCAUAUUCCUGGAAGACUGGUGCAGAAGAAUGUGAUUCUAUUAAGUGCUCUUAACUC